ACAAAGCAAGCAGGCUGAUGUAGUAUUAUUGUUGUAGUUCAGAAUACCAGUAACACAUGUUGAAAUGAAAGUGUAACGAUGGACUAUCAAACAGUUAUAAUUGUUUUAGUGGGAUUCAUUUCUCUAAUAUCAACUCAAAAACAAAGUUUUUAUUAUGUCGUUAUAACACCCAAGAUAUUUCGCACAGAUACGGAUAACGUUGUAACUAUAUCAGCUUCAGAUGUGACGAAAUCACAAACAGUACAUUUAAUACUGAGUUAUGGCGAGAAACCGGAGCAAAAACAAGAACAGAAAAUAAAGAUAGAAAAAGAUGGGGUUCAGAACACAACGUUUCGCAUUAAUUCGUCGGAUUUGCCCCCCACAGAAUCCAUAGUGUCUUUUGAAGUUCGUGAUGAUAUGGAUGGACCUAAACAGGACCAUUCCAUCCCUGUUGACAGAACUAGCGGCCAUAUUAUGAUACAGACAGAUAAGCCAAUUUAUAAACCUAGAGAAACCGUAAAAUAUCGUAUUUUGGCUGUUAAUGAGGAUCAAAGUCCAACAACAAGAUCUGUAAGAGUUGACAUUACAAGCCCUAAUGGUAUCAUACUAGACAGAAUGACAUAUCCUGGUGAAGAAGCUUUCAAUGGUAAAACUUUCUUUCUUCCAAAAGAAGCUCAACUAGGAGUGUGGAAUAUAUCAGCAUCUUUUGUUGGAGACGAGGGAGUUCAACAGACCGUAGAGUUUGAGGUUAAAGAAUAUGUUUUACCCACAUUUAAUGUUGAGAUUAAACCAGAGAUGACGAUUAUGAAGAAAUCGCUUCGUUAUAUAAACAUUAACGUUGAAGCAAAAUAUUCUUAUGGUAAAGUAGUAGAGGGACAUUGUGAUCUUCGAAUGGGUGUAGUUAAUGAUGAACAUGUAGCAUUGUUUAAACUACCCGAAAAAAAACAGACGAACAGAUUGUCAAGGGAAGGAAUGGCUAGAUUCAUGAUUCCGACACAAGAUCUAGCAAGGAGUUCCUUAUGGUUUCCAGAAGACGGAAAACAUCUUUAUAUUGAAGCUAGUGUUACAGAAAAAUCAACUGGGAUGAAAGUCUCUCAAACUAACACAUCUAUUGUUUUUGUGACAAAUUAUUACAACAUUGAAUUCACGUCUUCUAAAGAUACUUUUAAACCCGGAAUGCCGUAUCGGUUAGAGAUUGAUGUUCGAGAUAUUCGGAAUGGUAACAAAUCUAAUUUGAGUGUUUACAUCAAUGCAACUUUCACUGGUAAAACAGAGCGCAAGAACUUGGUGAAUGAUGGCAAGUCAGAUUCGAAUGGUCGUAUAUCUCAGAUAUAUCAAAUACCAGAUUGGUGUCAUCAUUUACAAUUCGUUGUGAGUGAGGCAACCUCCCUUGAUCCAAAGUUGGCUUCACAAGAAACCAAAUCAUUUGCAAUCAGAGCUUCUGAUGACAAUAAAAUUUCACUGGCCGAAAAUAUAAAACAUAGGGAUACCAGUAACUUAGAUAUAAAAAUAGCCUAUGAACACAAAGAUGGCAGAACAAUGUUUAUUUUGGUUUUCUCCAAAGGACAAGUUAUCUACACGACGUCUUUCACAUCAGUAUCAACCGGACAGAGCAAAAUAGAAAUUCCAGAGAGUUUAAGACCAGAGUUAUCGCCCUUUGCAAGGAUUAUAGUAUAUUACCUGGAUUCUGAUCAAAAUGAAGUAAAAGCAGAAAGUAUUAUCGUACAUUUCCCUUCACGCUGCUUAGAAGAGCUGAAUGUAACUUUCGAAAACAAGAUGAUUGAAUUGUUUUCUCAACCCAAGAAAAAUGUUAAAAUUAAAGUGGAUGGAGGAAAUAAUACGAAAGUGGGUGUGGUUAUUGUUGAUAAGGCAGUAUAUUAUUUAAAUAAUAGAUAUACUCUAACAAGAGACAAAAUGUUCUCCUUGCUGGGUAAACGUGAUGCUGAUUCUAAAAUUGUACAAAGUAGACAAGCCAAUAAAACAUUUAAGGAAAAUGGUUUGCUAUAUUUUGAUAAUUUUCAUCGAAAACAUUAUUCCGGCUACUCUCCCAUUGGAGGUCUUGGCUUUGAGGGGGUUUCUUAUGCGAGGGAUCCAAUCAUAAAUGUUAACCGUGAUGAUUCUCUGGACCUAAUACCCAUAAAGAAGAUAAGAAAAUAUUUUCCGGAGUCGUGGUACUUUGAAGAUUUUACUCUAUCUGACAAGGGUAGAGAGACUGUUCGUGUAACGUUGCCAGAUUCAAUAACUAAGUGGGUUGUAUGGGCUGUUGGUCUGUCGUCAAAUCGAGGUGUUUGUGUUGCUGAACCUCGAGAAAUCACGGCUUAUCAACCUGUUUUCAUUCAACUCCAUCUUCCUUAUAAGGCUGUCCGGUUAGAACAGGUCAAGGUCACAGUCACCAUGUUUAAUUAUAAAGAUCAUCCAAUGAAGGUUAAGAUAAACUACACUGGAGACGUUAGCUUGUGUUUACCAAAUCGUAUGUCCACAAUUAAAACAACUCUUAAAGCAAAAAAAUCCCGGUCAACCAAUUUCUUCAUCAUACCCUUAAAAACUGGAGAUCUUACUAUCCGUGUUGGGGUGUGGGACAUUACGAAUCGUAAUAAAGAAAAUCUUGUUGAUGUGGUGGAAAAGCAGCUUUAUGUGGUGCCUGAAGGAAAAAGAUUGAGGAAAACAAUAACAUUUGCUCUCGAUCCGGAAGGCAACAAAAUAAGUAGAAAUACAAAAUCUACUGAAAUAAACAUUAGUGAUACGCCCACCAUUAAUCAUACACUUAACGUAGGAGAAAAUACACAAAAGACAGAAGUUGAUUUAGCACUGCCAGUAGAAAUAAUACCAGGAACUGAAGAUUGUGCUAUUCAGGCGUGUGGGGAUUUAAUGGGUGAUAUUAUAACUGGUGCUAUGGCUGGCAAAGGUAACAUUUUUGUUUCAUCGUUUCACAUGGCUGAAGAAGUUAUCGGCAAUAUGGCUCCUGUUGUUCACGCUCUUCAAUACCUCAACUCAUCUGCCCUAUUAAAUAAAAAAAUGUUCUUAAAGGGUCGAAACUAUAUAACGCAAGGAAUUACCAGACUGAUGAAAUUCAGGAAUAAAAAUGGUAGCUAUAGUUUAUAUGAAGAUUCACCCCCUAUAACUUGGUUAACAUCUUUGGUAUUAAAAACAUUGUGUCAUGCCAAGGAUCUGAGUUACGUGGAUAAGGAACUCAUUAAUACUGGUUUUCUAUGGUUGUUAGAUCAGGUAGAUGAAGAAGGGCGACCAGCAAACGACCAGAUAACUCCAGAGGAUUCCCAUGAAUAUGCUGUUAUGCUAGCAGCCGAGAUAUUGAUUGCUUUAAAGGAGUGUGAGGCUAAGGACAUGUUAAAAGAAGAGUAUUUUGAAGAUUUAUUAGGUCUAGAGAUCCGUAUGUUGUCAUUCAUCGAAGAAAAUAUCGACAACGUCAGUAAUUCUAUGGCUUUAUCUAAAAUGGCGUAUGCCCUUCAGUUGUCAGAUAGCCCAGAUGUUGACUGUGUCGUUAAGAAGAUGGUCCGAGCUGGAAAAUCCUCUUCCGGUGAGCACGGUGUAACUUACUGGACAGAACAUCGUGUGUCUGAUGGUAAACCAUACUGGUAUCGUCAAAGUGCUGAUGCCUUUUCUAUUGAAUCAACGGCUUAUGCACUGCUUGUGUACAUCCGCCAUAGAAAACUAGAUCCCCACUCAUUAGCCGAUUGGUUGAUUCGUCAGAGAAAUGCUCAUGGUGGAUUUGUUAGUCCUACAGAUACAGCGAUAGCAAUUCAGGCCUUGGCAGAAUUCUCCUCAUUAAAACAUUCACCUACAACAGAUCUUCGUCUUGAGAUAUCAUCAGACUCAUCUAUAAAUUAUAAUCACGUGAUUGCCUUUAAUCAAGAAGAUGCUAUUGAUCUGAAAUAUCUAAUGGAUGUUCCUGUAGGAGAAAAGAUUAAUCUUAAAACUAAUGGAACCGGUUUGGGACAGGUUCAAAUUAACGUAGCUUAUAAUGUCCCUACGGCACCAAAUGAUAACUGUAUGUAUGAACUCAAAGUAACGAGAAAAAGGGCACGUAUACCAAGGGAAAAAAAAGACAACGAGACAUCAUUGUGUAAUUACUGUACUGCUGGCUGUCGUAUAGUCGAUAAAGAAAAUGAUGAAAUUAAUACAAGUGAUCUGAAAUCAAAAGCCAAAAAAGGAUUAAGGGCAAAAAGGGACAUGAGAACUCCCCCUGGCGAGCUUGAGAGGGAGUGGGAACCGUUGAGAAAUCGCCGAUAUAGAGAUCGUCACGAGACAAACAGACAGAGGAAUCGAGAUCGACAGAGAGAUGGAAAUCGAAGAAGAACUCGAGCAAAUCGAAGAAGAACUCGAGCAAAUCGAAGAAGAACUCUAGCAAAUCGAAGAAGAACUCUAGCAAAUCGAAGAAAAACUCAACCAAAUCGAAGAAGUAGCGACAAACCAUCAGUCUCUAGUGUUACACUAUGUCUAGAGAUAUGUCUACGAUAUCGUGGUACAUCAAAGAGUGGGCCAACAAGAGUUGAAAUAGAUAUGUUAAGUGGAUUUGAACCAAUAACUGAAGAUUUGAAUCUGUUAAAAUCGUUGAGUGAGGAACGAGUUAGAACAUACAGAGAUGAUUAUGGUUUGGUUAUAAUUUAUCUAGACGAGGUUCCUAACAAAGAAACUCUGUGUCUAAAUUUUAGAAUAAAAGAAAAAGCUGAAGAGAUUGUAAAAUUCCGCCAACCAGCAUCAGUAGUUGUUGUACAACCAUCGAAACCAGAAGAAAUAUGUCUACAGAAUUAUGAUUCUGGUAAUUCUGAAGACACAUUACCUAUGUAUUGUAUUGGUGAAGAAAAUCGAUAUAAAGGAGAAUGUACUUGUUUCUCUGGAGAGUGUGGUACCUGUCAUAAAAAGGCCAUGGGCAUAGCAAAACUUAAAGAUAUAUUUUGCAAAUCAGAUUACGCCUAUCAAGUUGUACUAGAAAGUAAAAUGCUAAACAAAUCUUUCAGGCACGUCUCGGCUUCUUUAAAAUCUGCGCCCAUAAAAGGUACUCACGACAUCAGUGAAGGGAAGCCAUUAUCUUUUACCACAUCGCCAUCUUGUACAUGUCCUAAUUAUAAAGAAGGGUCAUCAGUAUGGGUGAUGGGAAAGAAUCCGUAUCGAUUUAUAAACCAAGAUAGAGAGGAGAUAUAUCGAUAUAUCAUUGAUGAAAGUACAACAUUUCUCAGCGUCACAGCUAGAAGAACACCAGAAUCUACCAGCAAGUCAUAUUUUAAUAUUGCUAUAAAUAGUUACGAUAAAGAUUGUGAAAACUGAUUUUUUAUCUUGUGGGCCCACACAACUCAUUGCAACACACGAUUUAAAAAAUUGAGUUGCUCAAUUCCACGAAAACGUGUAAAAAUGCUUCGAAAAAAAACAAUUAUGUAUACAAUGUCUUCUUUUGAAUGUAUACAUAUGUAGUAAUAUGGAUGGAAUGGACACAUCACUGUUCUCUAGAUUAUGAUUGAUUUUAUUCAUCGUCAUCGAACAUUCAUUCACCAUGGCUGAACUCGCAAGAACUUUCCUACACAUGUCACAUGAUCAAUAAACAUCUAUACUGGAGUUAUCUCCCAUUUUACAGUAACAUGAAUAUUAACAUGAUUGCUGGACACAUGUGACAAUCGAUCAAAAUAGAGCUGAUUUUGUUGGUUUUUUGGGUUGUUUUUUUUUUUGUAAAUUUCUGAUCCUAGAGUAUAGAAAUAUAUGAUCUUUUCCUACCGAAUCAAAAUCCGACACACUUUAUAUUAAAUAAAAUUAAACUUAAAAAUAUUUCCCUGGGUAGAUUACAUAAUGUCUUAACACAACUGUAGGUUAAAUAAUGUCUUGUCAUCGAUGUUCGUGGAAACAAAUUAAACAUCAAAAUCGGAUCUGAAAUUAAAGAUGCAUUAUGUAAGAACUAAAUCUGCUCAUUGCAGGCCUUUCUUUUGGCUUUACGUGUUAAUGAAACUAUUAAUUAGACAUUUAUUUACACAACAAAUCUAUAAUGGGCUCUCUAGAACAAUCAACGCUAAAUCUUGUCAAACCUUAAAACUGUUAUAAUUUCGCGGAGAAUAAAGUAAUUUGAAUGAAAUUAUCCAUAAUCCAAUAUAUUCAUUUUUCAUUAUCUAUAUUUGAACUAUUAUAGCAAGAACGGGCAGCUCUUUGUCUAAAUCUUUAAUAAAAAUGUAUCAUGACUGGUUUUGAAUAAUUUGUAAUGUCAUCAAUUGGUAUCUCGUAUUUAAGAAAAAAAUACGCAUGCACUGCCUUUAUAUUUUUAUUUUAUUCUGAUGUAUUGUCUCUUUAUCCAUGUCAAUAUAUUUAAGACCUACCCAUGCUAUGAACAUUAUAUUAUAUUUAAUGUUUAUUCUAUAAACUCUACAAUGUAAAUAUAUAAAGUAUACUUAUAUUUUGUAUUUGAUAUCUAUUUUAUUAUAACAGUGAAAUAAACAUACUAAUAAAUAUUA